GUAGGUGUGGGGUGGAGGCUGUAUAGGCACGGCGGAGAGUUUACGUCGCAGAACACCGGAGAAGCUCUCACUGUGGUGGAGACACGACGAGGGAGGACCUGGAUGGUGUCCACUAACUGCCUUUGAGCGCCGAGGACUCGUCCUGCCCUCCACGAACUUGUGUGAGGACAUCUUGCGGGAGGAUGGUAGCGCGUAUCAGGGCAGCCCAGCAGAGACCGACGCUCCUGUGGCUCGUUGUAGUGACUCAGUGUAUGUCAGCACUUGGUUGUGGACCCCAUUAUGAAUACGCCAUAGAGGAGUUCUGUCUGGCCAAAUUCGGACUGGACAUGCAAGAGCUGGAUCAGAAAAACUGGUGCAGCUGGGAGGACACCGUCGAACUCUAUGGGGAGCUGACAAACUGCACAUACCUGGUGGCGCUAAAGAUGGACUGCUUCUGGCCCAACCAGCUGGUGGAUGAGUUCUUCAUCGGCGUCCACAACCAUUACUUCUACAACUGCUCGCUGUCAGGGCGGCUGCUGAGGGACCCCCCCAACCGCAUCCUGGGUCCUUUCAUCGCCAUGCCCAUCCUGGUCACCCUGCUCAUGACCGCCCUGGUGGUGUGGCGGAGCAAGCGCAGUGAAGGCAUUGUGUAGUCGAGAAAAGGAAGGCGGGAUUUUAUGGACCUGCUGGAGGACUUAACAUUAUUCCACCCUCCGUGGUGCUCGAGCAUCACUUUGAUGAUCUCAACUCCAGAUCUUUUCUUUGAAAAUGCCUCUGAACUGACCUCCUUUCCUGGACUUUGUUGCUGUGAAUGAUGGAUGUGGUUAUAGUGACAACAAAAAAUAUACAAAACAAUUCAAAUAAAAACUAUGUAAAUGAAAUUAAACCAUCUGUAGUGUAAAGAGUAACGCUGAAAAAUGACAGAAAUCGUAAAUCUGUAAAAUGACAUAGUUGAUAUGGAAACUAGGGCCAUUACAGCUCAUUUGAUGUAUAUCUACACAUCUUGUAUUGUACAUACUUAAAUCAGGCAAUGUUAGUAACGAAGCAAAACUAAGUUAUAAUAGUCUGUCCCUAUUUCAGUUGUUUUGUGUUCUGCAGCCUUCAGUUUGCAAUAGAUUAUGUUGUCCUACAGAUUUCAUGUUCCUUAAAGGGGUCCUAUUAUGAUUUUUUUUCUACAUUGAAAACACUUCCUUGUGGUCUACAUAACAUGUAUGGAUCUUUGGUCAAAAUGUUGCAUGGAUUAUGUUACAUAGACCGCCUUCAAGCCGCUUUCUGACCGUCUUUUCAGAACGCGCCGUUUGGUGGGCGGUCUUUUUUACGUGCCUGCGUCUUCUCCCCGUCAGCCAUGUUGUCGUUUUUAGCGCUUCUAUAUGGACUUUUUCAAAUGUUCUUGUAAUCAGACCAUAGUUUCAGUAUAUUAGAUGGAAUCUUUACCUGACAUGUUUCGACUAUCAUCUGCAGUCUUCAUCAAAAGGGUCACCUGACCACUGUGACGUGUUCAGCUGUUUUAUAGACAUGGCCAACCAGGCAGUCCUGUCAAGUCUACCUGAUUGGCUGAUUGGCUUGAUGGUUAAUGGAGGAGGGAGUCCCAGGUAUGCGAGAGCAUGAAUGCUCCCUCAUUCCGAUUGAUGGUUUCCUUGGGCCGCUUCCUUAGUUCGAUCGCCUCCUUAAAGACCUACUGAAAUGAAAUGUUUUUAUUUAAACGGGGAUAGCAGAUCCAUUCUAUGUGUCAUACUUGAUCCUUUCGCGAUAUUGCCAUAUUUUUGCUGAAAGGAUUUAGUAUAGAACGACGACGAUAAAGUUCGUAACUUUUGGUCUCUGAUAAAAAAAAGCCUUGCCCCGACCGGAAGUAGCGUGACGUAGUCAGUUGUUCGCUUCCUCAUAUUUUCCUAUUGUUUUCAACGCAGCUAGAGCGAUUCGGACCGAGAAAGCGACGAUUACCCCAUUAAUUUGAGCGAGGAUGAAAGAUUCGUGGAUGAGGAACGUUAGAGUGACGGACUAGAAUGCAGUGCAAAACAUAUCUUUUUUCGCUCUGACCGUAACUUAGGUACAAGCUGGCUCAUUGGAUUCCACACUCUCUCCUUUUUCUAUUGUGGAUCACGGAUUUGUAUUUUAAACCACCUCGGAUACUAUACCCUCUUGAAAAUGAGAGUCGAGAACGCGAAAUGGACAUUCACAGUGACUUUUAUCUCCACGACAAUACAUCGACGAAGCUCUUUGGCUACUGAGCUAACGUGAUAGCAUCUGGCUCAAAUGCAGAUAGAAACUAAAUAAAUAAAUCCCUGACAGAAGAUCAACAAUACUAAUAAACCAUGUACAUGUAACUACACGGUUAAUAAUUUUCUGUCUGGCAAAGCUUAACAAUGCUGUUGCUAACGACGCUGAAGCUAACUUAGCAACUUAGCAACCGGACCUCACAGAGCUAUGAUAAAACAUUAGCGCUCCACCUACGCCAGCCAGCCCUCAUCUGCUCAUCAACACCCGUGCUCACCUGCGUUCCAGCGAUCGACGGCGCGACGAAGGACUUCACCCGAUCACAGAUGCGGUUGGCGGCUAGCGUUGGCUAGCGCGUCUGCUAUCCAAGUAAAUCCUCCUUGUUGUGUUGCUACAGCCAGCCGCUAAUACACCGAUCCCACCUACAACUUUCUUCUUUGCAGUCUCCAUUGUUCAUUAAACAAAUUGCAAAAGAUUCACCAACACAGAUGUCCAGAAUACUGUGGAAUUUUGAGAUGAAAACAGAGCUUUUUGUAUUGGCUCAAUGGGCUACCGAUACUCCUGUUUCACUGGCUACG